AUGGGAGACGUCGCCGUGGAGAAUCCGGCGAACAACGUCACGCCUUAUACCAAGUCAGCUCCGUUGGACACUAUUCCCAACAUAGAAUCCAUCGAGGGCACGGCAAAUGACGGAGGCGAUGAAUAUGCCACGCUUAAGAAACUCCAAAGACACCUAGAGUACAUUCAACUACAGGAGGAGUACAUCAAGGAUGAGCAACGGAGCUUGAAGAGAGAGCUUGUUCGCGCACAGGAGGAAAUCAAGCGGAUACAGAGUGUUCCCUUGGUCAUCGGCCAGUUCAUGGAAGCUAUUGAUCAGAAUACUGGAAUUGUGCAGUCGUCGACCGGGUCGAAUUACGUCGUCCGUAUCUUGUCCACGCUCGAUCGCGAAAAGCUCAAGCCGUCAUCCUCGGUCGCCCUUCAUCGCCACUCCAAUGCUCUCGUUGAUAUCCUCCCCCCGGAGGCCGACUCUUCCAUUGCCAUGCUUGGUGAAAAUGAGAAGCCGGACGUGUCGUACGCGGAUGUUGGUGGUCUUGAUAUGCAGAAGCAGGAGAUUAGGGAAGCGGUCGAACUGCCUUUGACGCACUUCGACCUCUACAAACAGAUCGGUGAGUGUGAUGGGUAG